UGGAGGUCGAUACCGCGGCGGAGGACUGGAGAGAGAGAGGGAGAGAGAGAGAGAGAGAGAGAGAGAGUGCGUGCGUGAGUGAGGGGGACGGGAUUUCUGGGAGUUUGAGCGGGCACUGGCGGCAGAAGAGGAAUCUGGCAAGAGGGUCGGAAAAAGCGCACCUCGUAUGAAAAAAGGGCGGCGCUGGGAAGGUUGUAUUUUGAGAAGCGGGCAGCGCAGAGGGAUGCGCGAGAGGCGUGCUGAUUUGGAAGGCACGGUUUCUGCCCUGGCCUGCUCCCCCCUGUGAGCCACGGACAGGGGCCAUCGGAAUCGGACAGCGACCGCGAGGGUGAGGGAAUUGAUUCAGCCGUUCGGGUGUUUGGGUGUUGCGGGCGAUUGCGGUUCCAGGUCGCACGCGGGCUGUUCGGUCGUUUCUUUAUUUCCUUCCCCCUUCCCGAGGGCGAUGGAGAGCGAGAGAGACUGAAGGGCGUGUGAGUUGGACGUGUUACUGUGGCAGCGAGGGAAGGAGAGGAACACUUGUCUGGUUGUGGUGGUGAAAUGAUUUCCUUUGUAAGUGGGGUUGGUGGGUUUAAGUGAUCAUUAGAGUACAAUUAUUUAGGUCUGCGUAAUUGAAGGUUUUGGAGGAGUGGGAGCAGUGAAGUGAAACAAGAUUGUUGCUCCGUUAGAUGGCUGCUCGGAAGCCAAAGGGUACUCAUCACAUAGGGGCGUUGCAAUAAUGCGACAAGAUUCGUCUUGGUUGCUUUUUGCGGAGAACGUAUUGUUUUGUCCAAGAUCAAGGAGAUUUGUGGGUUUCUUUGCCAAGCGAUUCAAGUUCGGGAUGGGUGGUGGAAGCAUCACGGUGCAGGCUAGACGACAGGGUGCUGGGUGAUCGUUAAAGCUUAGUGCUGGAGAUUCUAGUAAGUAUUUGAGUGUCAAAGUCACGAUAUUCGAGUGGUACUAUCUAUACGCUCUUUCUUCUCUUCAAUCUUGACAACUUCAGCUCUGCCUUUCAGCCUGCGGUGCAUGUUGGGUCUUCUUUUCUACCUUGCAGCCACCCCUGUAGUACUUCUUUCAAACCUUCAAGUUUCCUCCUCCUGUUUCUGUAGAAGGGCGCUAGAUUUUCGAAGAAGAUGUAGAGGCACUCGAAAAGUGUUCGCGGAAUUUUUAUUUCACUUUCUUUUGUUUUAGUUUUUCGGUAUAUUCUUGCUUUAGUCAUCCGAAAAGUACAGAAUUCAUAUCCGUAACCGAAUAGAUCUGCCACAAAAAACGGUAUAAAAGAGAGAAUUUUGUUUAUGAUCGAGUGUGCACAUCACGAUGAGCAUGUGUGGUGAGGGCAACUUGAAGUAUCCUAUGGUGAUAACGCUUUGAGAUUGCAUGGGCGCCAUGGCAGCAGCGGGCGUUACAUCUCCAGCCCGUAUCAAGCUGAAGGAUCUGGUCGCUAUCGAUGGGCUUUCAUCGCAGGAUUAUAAGAUUGCUGUGGCAAGUUUGUCCCAGUCUCUCCGAAACUUCAAUGCGGCCAUCAUCCAAGUCCCUCAGCCUGAUGACGUGCUGCUGCGAUGUGUAUUGGAUUCAGUUCGUAUGUUCUUCCACUCGAAGCCGAUGGUUGGUGCAGAUAACGUUCGCGCGGAAGACCCUCAGAACUGGAAUCGUACAGCUGGUUAUUAUGCGGAACCACAACAUUUUCGCGAGGUGUUUGAUUACCGACCUGGGAGGAUGAAUGUGGAAGGGGCAGUUGUAACCGAGCUGCCUCCUACGGGCUUGCCUGAGCUAUUUGCCAUAUUGGGAAAUGCAACCCGAGUUUGCUUGGAUGCUAUUGCUUGCUCGCUGGAGAUGCGGAGCUUUUCGUUUACAGAUCUAUUGGAUAAUAUGCCUCUUAAGCCGGGGGAAAUGGCUACCUCAGUGCUAUCAAGUUGCUGUCACAACAGGCCUGGAGCUCACCACCCAGCUAAUUUAUUGACAAGUGAGCAAGGGGCGCUUCAAUUGUACGAAGAGGACGCAGAUAAAGGAUUGCUGACGUUAAUGAAGUCUGACAAGCCCGGCCUUCAGAUAAGAGAUCUACAGGGUCGGUGGUUUGUUGUAGACGCAGACUUGGGUCCCCAGGACAUGAUUUUGUACACUGGAACGUCACUGUAUCAAGCCACUGGAGGGUACCUUAGUCCGUCUUUUCAUCGAACAGACAACAAUGCGGACCUUAGUCAGGCACAAGGUUCAAUACAUCUUGGUCGUUGCACGGUGGCUUUCAAACUGAUGCCCCGUGCGACUGCCAUCUUGCAUUGCUCGGCGAUGACUGCUGCAGGGCAUGCUAUAGGAAGUCCUUUCCAGCAUCCUGUGGCUGUCCAUGAUUUUAUGCAACGAACUCAAACCAUGGAUCAGCUUUUGGCUCGACCUGGUGUUCCAACCUUUUCAUUUACAGCUCCAGUCGAAGUUUUUGUUCCCGCUACAUCUCAAUUGAAGGCAGCAAUGAAGCGGAAGAAGCAAGUGUCUAGAGGGAAGCCACUUGCUCCAUCAAAACGUUUACGGCUGGAAGCUCAGCGUGUACUGAAGGAACGAGUUCAAGAGAUUGCAGACGCUAAGGGCCUGAAGAUCCGAUACUGCAACUUGAAGGAGUGCGAGGAGCAGCACCUGAACGCAGCGCAGAGUCCGUGUGGACACCUGCGAGAGGCGAUGAAUUGGCCUGUGGGUGUUCCAUUUGUUCACCCUCAUGACCUGCCUAACAAAGCAAAGCAGGCUUUUCUGGAAGCAUACGAACCUGGGUGGUCAGCGAACCAGGAUAGUGAACUAGGAAUGGUGGAAGUAGUCCAAGACCAACAUGGUCAGAUGCUUCCUUUGACAGGAGCAGUGCAUGUUGGUGGUGAGGAGCAGCGGAUUCCCUCGAAGAUGAUGGUGAUGGAGGAUCAACGGUUCGCUUUGAAGACGGUAUUCGAUUAUUUGCGUGCGAAAGGAAAGCCCGUGCCUACAGGAAAGCCUCAGGUGGUUGGACACAAAGUGGACAUUAGUGGAUUGGCAAAAGCAGCCUUUGAAGCAGGAGGGCGCGCUCAGUUUGAUGCAGAAGGUGGGUUUCAGCGAUUCAUCGAAGUUCACUUCCAGCUAGAAAUUGCGCCAGAGCGGGAUAAGGAGAGGGCUCUGGAGCGGCUGAAAAAGUUGUAUGACCAAGUUUUGUCUGAUUAUGUUGAAGACUUGGUUGCGUCCACGCAUGCCAGCAAUCCAGUUGUAUGAACGAAACAAGUUGAGAAGCUUGGAAAUUUCACGGUUUUAUGAUCAGCUGCCUUUGUACCUUGGAGCAACUGAUAACUAAGGCGUGGAGGUCGUCUUUUUGUCAUGAUAUUCCCCAUGACAUUCAUCACUUCAUUGUGCAUCAAUGAUUGGGAUCGGUGUUGAAGGAUGAUCCGGAAGUGCACUUUGCUGUUGAGAAAACCCUACGCGGAUGAUCCAGGAAAUGUAGAGACCGAGUUAGGUAAAGCUGAUUCCCAUACCACAGUGCUACGAUUGUGGUGCGUUAUUGGCGCAGUGUUCUAUUAGCACAUUGUUACGAAUACUUGUACAGACGCGCUUUCUGGUAAGAUGAAGUCGAAGGAUGAUGAUAUCGUGCAAGAAUCUUAGGUUUAGAUCACCGAAUUGGCAAGCCUAUACUGUUACGUUGCUUCCCGUCAGCACACUAAUUUAUCUUCUAUGUGAUCUUUGUUCCUGCGGA